ACAAAGUUAAGCACUCAACACAGUGUCAACGGCAAGGACUUAAAAUGGUGGAUGGCGUUGCAAUCCGACUUAAAAUGGCGGACUGCAUUCUCCUUCCUUGGUUUGUAAGUACAAGUUGUCCGUAAGUCAGACGUUCGUAACUCGGGGACUACCUGUAUAUAAUUUCCCUCCCUCCCCCACCACAGAAGAUUACAAUGUGUAAUCGAUUGCAUCCACUGUAUAGGGGUCUGACCUAUACUGCGUCAUCAGAGCCCUGAUGGCCAACCUUGCCCACUUCUGUCUCUUGACGGGGACAUAGGGUUGGACUCUGAAAUGUGUGUCUGUGUAUCUCUAUGAGACUCUCUGGUUCUAUCAGCUGCGUAAGUCAAGGGAAGAUAAUCUCUGGCCACGUCAGGUGUGAGCCCACUCUGAGACCCCAGUUUGUGUGGAUGCUGUGUGAUUUGUCACCUUGCUACAAAUCAGUACCGCGAAAUUACAGACGGUACAUCACAUGAAAAGCCUUAAUCCCACGAAAGGGUUAGUAUAGAAAAAGCAAAAAAAAAGGGCCCAUUUUAAUGAAACAAUCAUUAAAUAGUGAAGUAGUGUUCAUGGGUUCAAUGUUCAAUGCCCAUUCAGUUAUCCGAUUGCAGAGGGUAAGAAGCUGUUCCUGAAUCGCUGAAUGAAAUUCUGAUAGAAGUUUAUCAAAUUAUGAGGGGUGUAAACAGAGUAGACAGUCAGAAUCUCUUUUUCUUCAUGAGUGGGAGUGUCAAACAGAAGGGAAUUGGGUUAAGUUCAGAGAUGGGUGGAGCAAGCUGUUUCCCACCCAGUGGGUGCCCCGAAAGGGCUGCCAGGGAUGGUGGUGAGGGCAGACAAUGGGAGUGUUUUAAGAGGCUUUUAGAUGUACACGUGAAUAUGGGAAACAGAAUUAAUUUAUUACUGUCACAUGUACUAAGACAUAAUGAAAAGCUUUUCUUGCAUACCAUUCAUACAAAUCAGGUCGUUACACAGUGCAUUGAGGUAGUACAACGUAAAACAAUAUAGAAUGCAGAAUAAAGGGUAACUGCUACAGACUCCAAGGGCCACGAUUAGGUGGAAUGUGAGGUUAAGGUCUACCUUAUCGUACUAGCGGUCUGGUCAAUAGUCUUAAAAGAGUGAGGUAGAAGCUGUCCUUGAGCCUGCCGGUAUGUGCUUUCAGGCUUUUGUAUAGUCUGCCUGAUGGGAGGGGAGAAGGCUGGAUGGGGCCUUCAAUUAUGCCUGCUGCUUUACCAAGGCAACGUCCGUGGAGGGGAGGCAGGUGUCCACAACUGUCUGCGGCUGUCGUGUGUAUUUAACAUGAAAAAAUGUCUUGAUGGCUCUGGAAUUCAGGGGUGAAAAUAAUGAUCUUGAUACAUACCCACAUUACAAAAACAUUGGAUAAAUCCCUGGAAACUGAUCAUAUUUGUACCUAGGUCACUGCGGGAAGCCAAGGAGGUCACAACAGAUAUCUGUAUCAUCAUUAGCCAAGGGUGAGAAAGAGAGAGAGGAGGGCCAAUCUUGUGCCUUUAUCAAGUACGGCAGUAAGGACAUUCUAGGACAGUAAGGCUGGUGAGUAACACCCGUAGUAGGAAAGUUACCAGAGAGGAUUCCGAGGGGGAGGAUUUACUGAAAGACAAUGAUAAAGGACCUUGUGCAUGGGAAGUUGUGCCCCACAAGUUUACUUGUGUCUUUAGAAGAGAUGACAGAGGACCGACAGGGCAGGGUCCAUACAGACUUUGACAAGAUCCCGCUUGAUACGCUGGUCUGGAGGUGAGAGCCCAGAAGAUCCUGGGGCAGCCGACACAAAAUAGUCUCAGUGGGAGGGGAGAGAGUGGAGGGUUGGAGUCCUGUCGUUGGUCAUCUCCAUGAAUUCAGAAUCGGGUUUGUUAUUCACUGACACGCCUGGUGAAAUCUGCGGCUUUGUGGCGGCACUGCAGUCAGUACAAUUAUAAACAACAGAAAAUAAAUAAAUACAUAUUGCACAGGGUUUCAUGAUCCAUUCCGAAAUCUGACUGCAGAGAGGAUGGAGGUGAGUGUCUUCAGGCUCCCGUACCUCCUCCCUGAUGCAAUAACGAGUAGAGGGCAUGUCCAGGUAGUAAAGGUCCUUCGUGAUUGAUGGCAUCUUCUUCACGCACUAACUCAGUGGUGGGGAGAGUUGUGCCCAUGAUGGAGCUGACAGCCUUUUGCGAUCCUGGACAUUGGAGCCUCCAUACCAGACAGUGCUGUGACAUUGCACAUCUGCAGGGGACAUACCAAUUCUAAAACUCCUAGAGCUGUUGGCAAGCCUUCUUUAUGACUGUGUUGGGCCCAAGAUAGAACCUCUAAGAUGCUAUUGCCCAAUAAUUUAAUGCUGUACACCAUUUCCACCGCUGACUUUCGAUACGGACUUGAGCGUGUUCUCACAACUUCCUGAAGUCCACAAUCAAUCCCUUGGUCUUACUGACAAUGAGUGCAAAGUUGUUGUUGCAACAAAAUUAAAUCAGCCAAUCAACCUCACUCCUGUACACCUCCUCGUUGCCAUCCGAGAUUCUGCCAAUAUCACGCCAAAAUCGAUGGUGCAGUGGACAGUGAAGAGGCUUCUCUGAAUGUGCUGGGGAUGUGGCCAAGGAAUGGCAGAUGGAGUUUCACUCGGACCAGUGUGAGGACUGGGGAGGAUGGCAGAGGAGCGGCGGGGAGAGGAGGAGGAGGAGGAAGGGGAGAGGACAACAGCACUGGAGGAGGCGGCGAGGAGACGGUCCACGGCAGCACAGAACCUCGCCUUCCUGAAAGCACGUUCCAUGGACGUCACGUUUGAGGUGGGAGAGGAUUACCAGGUUCUCCAGACCAUUGGCACAGGCGCCUACGGAGUGGUGACCUCAGCACGUCACCGGCAAACAGGCCAGCUGGUCGCCAUCAAGAAGAUCCCCAAUGCCUUUGACGUGGUGACCAACGCCAAGCGCACCCUCCGCGAGCUGCAGAUCCUCAAGCACUUCAAGCAUGACAACGUCAUUGGCAUCCGGGACGUCCUGAAGCCACCGGGCAGCCUGGCUGAGUUCCGAAAUGUUUAUGUGGUGCUGGACCUGAUGGAGAGCGAUCUUCACCAGAUCAUCCACUCUCCGCAGCCCCUCACUCUCGAGCACUCGCGGUACUUCCUCUACCAGCUCCUUCGGGGCCUCAAGUAUAUCCACUCGGCCCGUGUCGUCCACCGCGACCUCAAGCCCGGGAACCUGCUGGUCAACGAGAACUGCGAGCUCAAGAUUGGCGACUUUGGCAUGGCGCGUGCCCUUCGCCGUGGGGGGAGUUCCACCUCCUCCUCCGCCGCCUCCUCUCAGCAGCCCUUCCUGACAGAGUACGUGGCUACCCGGUGGUACCGAGCGCCCGAGCUCAUGCUCUCGUUCCCUGGUUACGGGAGCGCAGUGGACUUAUGGUCCGCCGGCUGCAUCUUUGCCGAGAUGUUGGCCCGUCGGCAGUUGUUCCCCGGCAAGAACUACCUCCAUCAAUUGCAGCUGAUUCUGGCUGUGCUAGGCACCCCUUCCGAUGACCUGGUGGCCUCAGUGGGGGCUGAGAGAGUGCGGUCCUACCUGAGGGGCCUGCCCCACCGUAAGCCCGUUUCCCUGGCAUCCCUCUUCCCCGGGGCCCAACCCCAGGCCCUGGACCUCCUGGGCCGCCUGCUGAGGCUGGACCCCCGGGAGCGCCCCACGGCGGCACAGGCCCUGGCCCACCCCUUCCUGGCCCAGUACCACGACCCCCAGGAUGAGCCCGAGUGCUCUCCACCCCUGGAGCUGGACGAGCCAACUGAGGGAGCCGGCAGGGAAGAGCUGAGAGAGGCAGUGGGCCGUGAGAUUGCCGAGUUCCACCGACGCCGUCAACGCCGGGGGGCUGAGCUCAGGCCAGUGGUCCCUCUGCCAUCGCCUUCCUCUUCCUCUUCUGCUGCUACCCCUUCCUCCCGGGAUGUGGAGAUGGCCGGGGAGCCACGCCAACCCCUUCCUGUCCCCGCUUCCGUCUCGCACACCCUCCCCGUUCCCCAUCCUGUCACCCGCCCCGUCCCCAGGGAGGAGCCAACAGUCCUGGAGCAGCGUAGGCAGCGACAUUCAGAGGAGGAAGAGGAGAAGGAGGAGAGGGGUGCUGAGGUGGAGGAGGAGGAGGAGACACCAGCAUCCCGGGUGGAGGGCAGGAAAGACGGAGGCAUCUCAGCUGAUACGAAAGCAGCACUGAAGGCGGCCCUGUUGAAAUCAGCACAGAGGCAGAGGAACAGAGCAGAAGCGUCGGCCUGUGCCCAGGAGACGCCGGAAGUCCGGCGGCCGGUGACGGCCCAGGAGCGGCAGCGCGAGCGUGAGGAGAAGCGCCGGCGCCGGCAGGAGCGCGCCCGUGAGCGCGAGCGGAGGCAGAGGGAGCGCGAGCGGCGGCAGCUGAAGGAAGGCGACGUGCUGGGCGGCGUGGUCCUGAGCCAGGGCGACAAGAGCCUGCUGCAGCGCUGGAUGCGCAUGACGGAGGCCGGGCUGGGGCCGGCAGGGGUAGGGGCCACCCUCAACGGCGGCGGGCUGGUCCGGAGACCGGGCUUCGGACACGAGCAGGGACCAGGACGGCCGCCGGCCGCCGGGACGGGAUCAGGGCUGGGUCCGCCUGCCCCCCGGGGACAGGGUCCGGCCCCCUUAGGCCCUGCACUAGGAACGGGACCGACCCCGAGACUGGGACCAGCCCCAGCCACGACGGGACCAGGAACGGAACCGGUACUGCCGCCUCCCGUGGCUCUGCCUCCUUUCUCGGGCUUUGGCGGCCCAGCCGAGCUGCCCUGUUGCUUCCCUGGGAACCCGUUCCAGCCCAACCGGGCUCUUGCAUCCCGGCCACCCCCGCCUGCCCCUGCCCAGGCCCCCACGACCUCCAACCCUGCCCUCGCCCACAUACCCACCCCUGGGCGCCCGUUUGGGACGGGAGUGGGACAGGAGUGGGGCGGCACUGCACCUCUCUACCGGCCAGCGGCGUGGGACGGUCCCCACCCUCCUGACGAGGAGCGGGCAGUCCCCGAGGCAUCGAGAGGACAGGCAACCGAGCCACAACUAGGGAGCGAGACUUCAGUGGCAGCUACCACGGAGCAGGAGGAUGUCAGCAUGGUGACCCAGCAGCUGUCCAAGUCACAGGUGAAGGAUCUGCUUCCGCCCGUUUUCUCAGUCACACCAAAGGGCAGUGGGGCAGGCUACGGAGUGGGCUUCGAUCUGGAGGAGUUCCUCAAUCAGUCUUUCGACAUGGUGGGCGAGUCCCAGGAAAGCCAGGCAGACUCCGCCCCCCUCUCUGCUUCGCUGCUCGCUGAUUGGCUGGAGGUCCACCGGAUGCAUCCGGCUGAGAUGGAGUCGCUGCAGCAAGAAUUACAGCUGGGAUCCCCCAUGAGCCUCUCCGACUUGGCCGACAUCUAGCCCCUACCACGAGGGUGAAUGAUCAUGACCUGGUUGGAAACCUGCGAGCGAGGGAGGGUGUGGCACCUCUGCUGAGAACACAGCUGGAUCCCCAGACUGACAGAAUGGGACAGCAGCCGAUUACCAGAGGCCUUCCCACCACACACCUCCUUCAGCAGGAAGCAAGGGGAUGAAACCUGACCAAAAGGAGUCAUCUACUCUGCACACCGAUCUCACACUGGAAUCCUCGUCCGCAGGUUUUGAGGGAGAGGCAGACACUCCACCAAGUUCUGGAGGGGUGGGGUGGAAGCCACUGAGGGAGGGUCUGGUAAACCUGCUGUGAGAAAUAGUCCUUCCCACCCCACCCAGUGUUCUGCCCUGGGAAGGUGCAAGAACCCCACUCCAACCCUCGUGUGGAGUGAAUUAGCUGAACAGCACUGAAAUAGACCCUUCAGUCCAUCAAGUCUGUGCCUACACCACCCCACUUGCCUUCCCCUGCACCUCUCCGAGUGUCUUCUGAACGUCGUAGUUGUACCCACCUCAACCACUUCCUCGAGCAGGUGGUCCCAUUUACAAACUACCUCCAAAGUCCAGAUAAAAAGGCUGCACCUCAUGUCUCCUUUGAACCGGUGCCUUUUAGUUCUUCAUUCCCCAACACUAGUAAAAAACUGGACACAUUCACCCUAUCUGUAUCCCUUGUGGGUUUAUACACCUUGGUCUCCUAUGCCUCACAGAAGACAGUCCCAACCUGUCCCGAAUCUCUUUACAACUCAGGGUGCCUCGGGACGUUCCAGAGUAUGGAGUUUAAAUCUGGCGCCAUCUAUAAGGAGUUUGUGUGUUGUCCCCCAUGAGUUUGUGAGAGUUUGCUCUAGUUUUCUCUUACAGUCCCAAGGCGUAAAGGUUAAUCGGUCAUUGUAAAUUGUUGGCUGAUUAGGCUAGUGUUAUGUAGGUGGGUUGCUAGGUGGUGUGGCUCGUUGGGCCUGUACCGCGCUGUAUCUCUAAAUGAAAUAAAUAAAACUUAAUUAGUUUAA